UCUUUUCUCUCUCUAUCUGACUCUCUCUCUAAAACCCUUCCGAACUCUCUAGAACCCAGCUAAACGACUCCCACCUUUAUCACCAUAAAAACCCUUCUUCUCAGAGGCUUGCCUCAACCCUGCAAUUGGUUCUUCGUCGAGAGCAACAACAGUUCCCAUUGUUCGCCAUUGCUAAGAACUCGUUCUCUGUUUUCAUUUCUUUUAGCUGAGAAGAGUGGACACCUUACGUUGUCGGUGUCUCGUGCUCCGUCUGUUAUUCUUCGUCUAAGUUCUUGUGCAAGUCAUGGAUGAGGAUUUCGAUAUGCCACCUGCUGAGGAGAUGAACGAGGACAUGGAUCUCCCUGACGAGAGCCCGGUUCUCAAAGUUGGAGAGGAGAAAGAGAUCGGAAAACAGGGUUUGAAGAAGAAACUUGUSAAGGAAGGUGAAGGUUGGGAUACCCCUGACAAUGGAGACGAAGUCGAAGUUCACUACAUUGGGACCUUGCUCGACGGAACCCAGUUCGAUUCGAGCCGGGAUAGGGGGACACCAUUCAAAUUCACACUGGGUCAAGGGCAAGUGAUUAAGGGAUGGGAUCAGGGUAUCAAAACAAUGAAGAAGGGUGAGAAUGCCAUCUUUACCAUUCCUCCGGAUCUGGCGUAUGGUGCAUCUGGUUCCCCACCAACCAUCCCUCCAAAUGCAACCCUCCAAUUUGACGUUGAGUUGCUGUCUUGGAGUAGUGUGAAGGAUAUUUGCAAGGACGGAGGCAUUUUUAAGAAGAUCCUUACUGAAGGGGAGAAAUGGGAGAAUCCUAAGGACCCGGAUGAAGUGUUUGUUAAAUAUGAAGCUAAGCUUGAGGGUGGAGCUGUGGUUUCAAAAUCUGAUGGAGUUGAAUUCACUGUCAAAACUGGAUUUUUCUGUCCUGCUUUGGCAAAGGCUGUUAAAACAAUGAAGAAGGGAGAAAAGGUUCUUCUCACAGUGAAGCCACAAUAUGCAUUUGGAGAAAAGGGCAGACCAGCCUGUGGUGAUGAAGGUGCUAUUCCCCCAAAUUCUGUGCUUCAAAUAACAUUGGAGUUGGUUUCUUGGAAGACAGUAACAGAGAUAACAGAUGACAAGAAGGUGCAAAAGAAGAUCCUCAAGGAAGGGGAGGGCUAUGAGCGCCCCAAUGAUGGGACUGUUGUUAAAGUGAAACUAAUUGGGAAGCUGCAAGAUGGAACAAUCUUCUUGAAGAAGGGUCAUGACGAAGAGGAACCAUUUGAGUUCAAAACAGAUGAUGAACAAGUAAUUGAUGGACUUGAUAGAGCUGUGAUGACCAUGAAGAAGGGUGAGGUUGCACUAGUGACAAUUGCACCGGAGUAUGGUUUUGGUUCAUCCGAGUCAAAGCAGCAAUUGGCUGUGGUCCCUCCCAACUCAACUUUAAUUUAUGAGGUUGAGAUGGUUUCCUUUGUAAAGGAGAAAGAGUCAUGGGACAUGAACACCGAGGAGAAAAUUGAAGCUGCUGGGAAUAAGAAGGAAGAAGGAAAUGUUUUAUUCAAAGCAGGCAAAUAUGCAAGAGCAUCCAAGAGAUACGAGAAGGCUGCAAAGUUUAUAGAGUAUGACUCUACCUUUGGAGAAGAGGAGAAGAAGCAAGCUAAGGUGUUGAAGAUCACGUGUAACCUAAAUAAUGCUGCCUGUAAGCUGAAACUCAAGGACUACAAGCAGGCAGAAAAGCUUUGCACUAAGGUGUUGGAGCUUGACGGUGGGAAUGUGAAAGCACUUUACAGGAGAGCUCAGGCAUAUAUUCAGCUGGCAGAUCUAGACCUGGCUGAGUUUGAUAUUAAGAAGGCUCUUGAAAUUGAACCAAAUAAUAGAGAUGUGAAGCUGGAGUACAAGGUUUUGAAGGAGAAGGUGAAGGAGUACAACAAGAAGGAUGCCAAGUUUUACGGUAACAUGUUUGCUAGAAUGAGCAAAUUAGAGCAGCUUGAGGCCAAUAAGGGAGCAGCGAAACAGGAGCCUGAGCCCAUGAGCAUUGACAGCAAAGCAUAAAGUUUGACAAAUACUAAUUGGAGUGACGAUAGGAUGGGUCUGCUUUUUAUGGAUUUCCUAGCUCUUUUACUCCUACUUUUUUAUUUCCUAAUAUGAAAURGUUUCUUGGUUCUUGGCAAGACAAGGAUUUGGGAGUGGGGCUGUUGCUGAUUAUACCUAAGUUAAAAUCAAUCCAACUACUACCAACAUAUGUUGUCUACGUAGAAAAUAAUGAUUUUUAUAAGUUGGUCGAAAUAGACUUGAUUUUCUC